AUGAGAUUGGACUUGGGCUUGAUCAUCGGGCUGCUGACAGUUAUAUGGUGUAAUGGCGAGGAGGAUUCGACGGAGAGACCGGGCGAGUGUGUGCAAGGGUGCAAGUGCGCGGGAAGGACCGUAAGUUUUCUGGGGUUCAUGUUUUCCAAUCUUCCUCCGAUUUUGGCCGUUUUUUCAGGUUUUGGGUAUUCUUUGACUUGUAAAAUGAUCAUGCGACGUUUUUUAGUCAUCGUUUCUUGAUUUCUCAAAUCUCGGCCCUAUUUCGACCAAUUUACGUCACUUUUUAGCCCUCUUCCCGCAUAACCCUCGACCUUUUAGCCGCAAAAACUGCCUAAAGCCGUCUCAAUCCAACCGGAAUAGGUCUUAUAUCCUCUUCAACUUAUAACUAAGCCAAUAUAAAAAAUCGGAGGAAAAAGUUUUUUGGUUCCCCCCCAAAUUCCCUCUUUGUUUUUUAGCUUGAGUGCUCUGAACUGGAGCUGGACCGAAUCCCCGCGGAAUGGCCAACCCAUUACGAGAAGAUUACAUUACGCAAUUGUACCAUCACCACCCUCGAGAAGAACUCCUUCCGCAAGUUUGGGGCGUUGGAGGAGUUGCGGAUUGAGAAUUGCAAUAAGCUGGAUGUGAUCGACAAAUACGCAUUCAAAGGGCUGCAAAAAUUAAAGUAAUCAAUUUUAAAGAGGCAAAAUGGGAUGAAAAAUGAGAAGAAACGAUCAAACAUUACGAUCAAUAUGAUUAAAAUUUGUUUUAUGCAAGAUUUUUAGUGGAAUUUAUGAUGACUUUUAAUUCGAAACAUUAAGAAAUUAUGAACUUUUUUAGACUUUGAAAUUUAUGCAAACUGAAUGUUUGAAAAUCCAAGGAAUUGUUUUUUUCUGUUGGCAUUUACAUUUUUUUCAGGCUACUGAACAUUGCUGGCAAUCCCAAACUCCGCGAGAUCCAUCGCUUCGCUUUCUCCUCCAUAGGGAAUCAGAAUCCUCUUCGAAUUUUGCUCAAAAACAAUGGAAUCGAAAAAAUUCAUGCUUAUGCUUUCAAGUGAGGCUUUUUCAUUUUUUAUAAAACCUGAGAAGAUUUCAAUUCAACCGUAAUACUCGGUUUACAUCGUAUUUCCUUCAGAAAUGCCCACAAUCUUCGUGAACUCUACAUUGAAGACCGCUGCUACACGGUGGAGCCGAAUGGUCUCUCCUCGAUCUCCCGGCUCGAUUUCUUCACUCUGAAAGGGGCCUGUGUCCUCUCGCUGAAUUCCUUUUCCAAUACCUCACGUGUUCACAGUUUAUCUAUCUUGGAUUCGACGCUCAAUCUGUUCAAUGGGAUCUUCGACCAGCUGAGUCAUGUUAAUCAGGUAAGAGGGAUAAGAUUUCAUGACAGCGACCGCAUUUUGAUGGGAUAUUUAUUUUCAAAAAAUGCCAGAGGGCAGCGAUCAAGUUUUGAUUUGACGGGAUAUUUGACUUCCUCAGUUUUUGAAGAGAGAAUUUUGAUUCGAAACAAGAUUUCUGCAGGAAAUUUAAGAAUUCGACUGUAAGAAAUUUUGCAGAUUCAAAUCCGCGAAUGCAGACUCGGAAAGUUGGAGGAGAACACAUUCUCUGGCCUCUUUACGGUCGGAAGUCUGCAAAUCCAAACAAGUCAUAUCGGGCGGGUUUCGCCUCGGGCAUUCGUGGGCAUGGAGAAUGUGGGAGUGCUGUUGAUCAGCUACACCACGAUCAGAGAACCUCUGGGCUCACCCGAAUGUCUGCUACAUACUGCUCAUAAAUUGGUGUUCAGCGAGAAUACGCUACAUUGCAGUUGCGAAAUGCAAUGGAUCCAAUUUCAUAAGGUAAGCGGAACAACAAGUGUAAAAUUUUAAAUUGACUAUGAUUUGAGAAAAUUGAGUUUAAAAUCGAUGAUAAAGUACAUAGAAGUGUAAUUGACCCCGUCGACUUUGUUUUUCAAAUUUAUGAAAUUCCAGGAUCAAGUAAUCCUUUCGGAGAACUACUGUGAUAGAAGUGAAGCCUUCAAAGCCCUGGCCUACUUUAAGCCCUUGGGUUGUGAGCCCUUGACCACCAAAGAGCCGGAUCCAGUACCCAUCACUUCGAAGCCCACGGUCUCGGAAGUCUUCAUUCCGGAUGGUAUAAGGAGAACUCAAUACGAAGCGGAGAUCUCAACUGCCGCCUCAGAUGUCUGUACAUUUUUCUGCAUCCUCGUCUUUCUUCUCCUCAUGAACUUUUAG